AUGGCAACCCCAAGUGAAACAGCGCUGCUAGUCAACUACAGUCCUAAUCGCCGAAAUCCACACGCCUACAACCCUCAGCGACUUGAUGAGCACCAGCCCGAACAAUAUAUCCAGAUCUUACAUCGCCUAAAGCUCCAUUGGCUAGAGUAUACCGUGGGCUGGGUGUGCGCCCUCCCGCUGGAAAUGGCUGCCGCGAAGGGAAUGCUUGAUCAAGUCCACCCAAACCUGGCCGAACAAGAUGACGCCGACCACAACAGUUAUGUUUUAGGCCAGGUCCAGGGGCAUAACGUUGACCUACUGCGGACCUUUAAGUCGAUCCGCUUCGGUCUGAUGGUUGGCAUCGGGGGCGGCGCGCCAUCGCAGUCACAGAAACAAGACAUCCGACUGGGCGACAUUGUGUACGACCGGGGGAAAACAGUGCAGGAUGGGGAGUUCCAGCGUACGGGAUCACUUAACGCGCCGCCCCAGGUCCUGUUAGCUGGCCUGAGUCGUCUUCAGGCCGACCACCCGGUUGAGGAUAGCAUGAUCCCCCAAUUCUUGGAGGAACUUGUCAGCAAAAGCCCAAAAAAGAUGAAGAAGAAAUUUAGCCAUCAAGGUGCUGCCAACGACCACCUCUUCCAUGCAGGCUACGGCCACGUCAACCUAGACUCAACCUGCGAACAGUGUUGUGAUCGGUCAGACGGCACGGAUCCAGUCAGUCAUUAUGGGAACAUUGCCUCGGGCAACCAGGUCAUCAAGGAUGCCAAGAUGCGCGACAGGCUUAGCAGAGAGUUAGGCGUGCUCUGCUUCGAGAUGGAGGCCGCGGGGCUGCAGGAUUUCCCUUGUCUGGUGAUCCGCGGCAUUUGCGACUACGCGGAUUCCCACAAGAACAAGAACUGGCAGGGAUACGCCGCCGCGACGGCGGCUGCGUUCGCGAAGGAGCUUCUUUCGGUGAUACCGCCAACCAGGGUCCUCAGGAGAAGCCCAUAG